AUGUUCAACCUUCAAUGUACAUCUACACAAUUAUAUUAUUUAUUUAUAGGAAAUUGUUAUGCUCAAGUUUUAUUACAACAUAUUAACAUUAGAUGGUUAAGUUUACUGCCUUCAAUCGAACGAUUAAUUGAAACAUAUGAGCCAUUAAAACUUUAUUUUUUAAAUGACCAAACAAAAACAAAAAAACUCCCUGCAGCAACCGACAACACACAACUUUUAACAUCAUUUUUUAACAACCCCGAUGGAUUGUGUACUUUAAAAUUUUUAGAAAAUGUAUUAGUUGAUAUUCAACAAGUUGAAUUAAAUCUACAACGUACAUGGACAACAGCUGUAGAUCUAUAUCGUAUCAUUACCAAUUUAAUGAAAAAAUUAGAGCAAAGAUUAAAUGAUAAAUAUUUUGGAAGUAAAACAUGUUGA